CGUGGUACCUCGGGGGACGAUUCCUGGCCUCUUUGCUCCAUCCCCUUUCACCAGCAUUGAGAAGAUCGACUGUCGAGUUUGACAUCUUCUUAUUCCAGUAUCAAUUACCAGAUACUGAUCCCUUGAGUGCUACGGACGAGGCGACACCAUGGCCGUCCCCAGAUCAGAGUAUCUCUCAAAUGUCUGGAAAGAUGGCAUUUUCGAUAACAAGGUCGUCUUCUGCACCGGUGGAGCGGGUUCAAUUUGCAGUGCGCAGGUCCGGGCUCUGGUUCAUCUAGGCGCGAACGCUUGUAUUAUCGGGCGAAAUGUCGAGAAGACAGAGAGGAUGGCCAAAAGCAUAGCGACAGCACGCAAAGGAGCAAAGGUCAUUGGCAUUGGAGCUGUAGACGUCCGGAAGAUUGAGACAUUGGAGAGUGCGGUUGAUCGAUGUGUAAAGGAGUUGGGUGGUAUCGACUUUGUCAUAGCCGGAGCAGCAGGAAACUUUCUUGCUCCCAUUGCUGGCCUCUCAUCAAACGCCUUCAAGGCGGUACUUGAUAUCGACACCUUAGGCUCCUUCAAUACGUUAAAAGCCACGCUCCCGCAACUUCUCAUAUCUGCUGCCAAGAACCCAAAUACAGCAACAAACUCCUCGACUGGUGGAAGGAUCAUCUUCAUCUCUGCUUCCUUCCAUUUCACAGGAAUGCCAUUACAAGCACAUGCUGCUGUAGCUAAGGCCGGUGUCGACGCACUAUCAGCCUCAACCGCAAUUGAAUACGGACCUCGAGGAAUUACCUCGAAUGUUAUCACGCCAGGCCCAAUUGCGGGCACGGAAGGUAUGGAUAGAUUAGGGAAUAAAGAGGCAGAAGCAGCUGGUUCUGCAUUCAAGCAAAUCCCAUUGGGGAGAUAUGGGUCUGUGAAAGAGAUUGCCGACGGGACCGUGUAUUUGUUUAGCGAUGCUGGGAACUUCGUUAAUGGCGAAGUUCUUGUUAUUGAUGGUGGGAAUUGGCGUUCACCAGGCGGUAUGGGCGCAUCGAAUUAUCCGGAUUACUUGUUGGGUGAUUCAUUCGUGAAGCCAAGAGCUGCGAAGAAGUCCAAGUUAUAGAUUUCUAGAUAUCUUACGAUUUAAUAGGUCAUCAAAUAUGUCACUUUUAAGC